GCGUGCUGGGAAAAUUCAACGACACUUUCCCCGUCUUCACUCCGAUGUUGAUAGCAACAAUUUUUGGCGCUGCUCAGUCGAAUCUCGCUAUUCGCUCUGAUAACGUCGUGCUUCUGGCAAAUUGUCGUGCGCGCACUGCUGUAUAUUCUCUUGUGUAAACAAUUAUUUACUAUCUCUCUGUGCUUUCACCUCUAUUCCAUUGAAGAAAAAAAGAGUAGAAAAAAAAACUGUUGAAGAUACACUGACAAUCAUGCAAAAAUUUGCCCUUGUCACCUUGUUCUCGCGAAUUGUUUUGUAAUAACACAGGAAUUACUGGAAGUUUUCGCGCGCGCGAUUUUCCAGGAAUUUCCGCGGGUUUAUGUGCUUUUUUUUUGUUCAAAAUGAAACCGUCAAAGUAGUUUCCCAAAAAGGAAGUGUGAAGUGUACUCUCUCAAUUUCAUUCCCCAUUGAGUGUUCCAAGAACCGCACGGAGUAAAAUUGCCCCUCGAGUGCAGAUAAAAUGUGAAGUGCAGCAAAAACGGCCCCUAAAAUCAAUUCAUCUCAAUCGAGAAUUUUAAAAAAGAAAAAACUGAAUAGUGUGCAAAAGUGUGGGACAUUGUAGUGCAAUUUUGUUGAGUAUAGAGUUCGCCGAAAAAAAAAACAUUCAAUCACACAAUCAAUCGCAGCUCAGUCCUUCGCAUACAUCCCAUCAGAUUUCUAUUCCGGCACGUUGGAUUCCAAUGUGGGUGUCGUGCAGGACGGUGAGGAUGUGAGGCUGUGGCCUACAAUGAUGGGGACGAUGGUGCCAUUUGUGGUCCAUUCUGCGGUGGCAAUGAAACUGAGUGGGCGAGAGUUUUAAGCUUUAGCGCGGGCAUUUGGCAUUUGGAUCAUUGCAUGGCUACUACCGCAAAACUCAACAUAUUGCAUCAUAAUUCAACAUCAAAAUGGGAUGGAAGGAUAUUCCACUUGGAUCAUCGCAAUCACAACUAGACUCCCACGUGAGAGACGUUGGCGGGGGUGGUCGGGGUGAUCUACAGGUGGGAAAGUGUUCAGUGUUGGUGUCACCAUGAACCAGACAGAGUGCUCAAAAUUAAUCGAUGACGUUCAGUGGACGGAACCGGGAAAUUUAGUGUCUCUGGCAGUCCUUGCCGUUAUCAAUGUGCUCGUGAUAGUGGGCAAUUGCCUCGUGAUUGCCGCCGUCUUCUGCUCCCACAAAUUGAGGAGUGUCACGAAUUUCUUCAUUGUAAGCCUAGCCGUAGCGGAUCUCCUCGUUGGGCUCGCUGUUCUUCCAUUUUCCGCAACCUGGGAAGUCUUCAAGGUGUGGAUUUUCGGUGAUUUGUGGUGUCGCAUUUGGCUGGCAGUGGAUGUAUGGAUGUGCACAGCAUCCAUCCUAAAUUUGUGUGCCAUCUCCCUGGAUCGAUAUGUCGCCGUAACGCGUCCCGUCAGCUAUCCCAGCAUCAUGUCCACGACGAAAGCCAAAUCUCUCAUAGCUGGCAUCUGGGUGUUGUCAUUCGUCAUCUGCUUCCCACCGCUGGUCGGCUGGAAGGAUCAGAAGCUUCCUGCAGAUCUCACCUACCGAGUGAGAAACUACACCCUUUACUCCAUGACACCACCACCGGAACCACCGCCUCCGUGCCCGUGGACAUGCGAGCUGACAAACGACGCCGGAUACGUGGUUUACUCGGCAUUGGGCUCCUUCUACAUUCCCAUGCUUGUGAUGCUCUUCUUCUACUGGCGCAUCUACCGGGCCGCCGUACGAACAACCCGGGCAAUCAAUCAGGGUUUCAAGACAACCAAGGGCACCAAAGCUGGACCCAUGGAGGAUACUCCACUAACGCUGCGCAUCCACCGUGGUAGAGCCACGGCCCAGGUGCCACCAGCAUCGCCACACAGCCUAGGCAGUGGGCACAGCCUAACGACACCGACAGCACCAGAGCGUUUCCCGAUGCGCCCACGUCGGCGUGCCGCAACGUCGGCAUCGGAACGUCUAGCUGAGAAGCCCCGCAGGGCACAUGCCAAGGUUAAAAUAUCCGUCUCCUACCCGUCCGUGGAUAACCUCGCCGGUUCCAGUGAAGACAAUGCCUUUCGCUUCGACGAGGCCACCCCCCAUAGAGCCUCGGCCAGAGCUCGCACCAAAUACCUCGACAUUCCCGAGGAGGGAAGCAACCACAUACAACAGCCGAAGAACUCCAAGCGCACCAAAGCUCAAGUGAAGCGUUUCCGCAAUGAGACAAAAGCCGCCAAGACACUUGCCAUCAUUGUGGGUGGUUUCAUCUUCUGCUGGCUCCCCUUUUUCACCAUCUACCUCACGCGCGCCUUUUGUCCAGACUGCAUCCAUCCCCUCCUUUUCUCCGUGAUGUUCUGGCUGGGGUACUGCAAUUCAGCCAUAAAUCCCGUCAUUUAUGCUCUCUUCUCCAAGGACUUCCGCUUUGCAUUUAAGCGCAUCAUCUGGAAGUGCCUCUGUGGCUCUGACAUUGCCCUCACCCGUCCGAGUCCCAUUCUUGCCCUUCUCACGCAAUCCCAGUCACUUACAAUGUACACCAGUACUGGGAUAACACGCCAGGCCGCAGGGUUACCCACACUCACGGAUGAGCGCACAAGGUGACGCUCCCUGUCGCCCACAUCGAUGAAUUCCCUCCUCUCCAUGAGUGCCGGGAUGGUGCGGGCGACCACGAAGACAACCACAACGGCCAUGGAGCUGUGUGAGCCCCUCGUUAUGGCCUCCACGGAGCAAUUGAGAUGCUCAACGCAAGAAAUAACCGACGUUUAGAGACACUCUGGGGCAAAAAGGGGGAUUUCACCUCCCUUUCCCCCAUCUCGGGAAGAGAGCAAAACUCACAUUUUGUAAUGUUAUAUACGCAAUGAUAUAAAAUAGCAAAAAGGAUUCCAACCCAAAUCCAUCUCCGUGUACCUCGUAAUUCUCCUUAAUGGGGGUGGGAUUUGUGCAGAACAUACCAAGUGGCGCAGUUGAGGGACAUAAAUCCAAUGAAUUUAGGAAGAGGAAGUGGCAGAGCACUCAAAGUCGCUAUUAAACUUGUACGCAACACCAUGGGGAUGAUUUAAUUUAAAAUGUGGACUUUGCACUCAAUGAUGAUUUGGUAGAAUCUUGAUACUAUCUCGCAAUUUGUGCCAAAAUCAUGAAUUAAUUGAAGGUAUAUUACCUCUGUGCUUUCCAACUCCAAAUAUAUUUCAUGCAUAAAGUAUUUUACAAUCACGGACUAAUAAACUCAAAUGCAAAAGAUCUUUAGAAGUUUAUCCCAUUUAUCCUAUAUGAGUUUAUCUUCAAUUAUAUGAUUGGCUUAUGAGUAUAAUCAUGAAAAUUUAUAGGUGGAACGAUUAAAUUAUUGGCUACACAAAGUUCAAACGAAAUUUCCAACUAUAAAAACCAUUGAAAGGAAUUCUUGUACUUGACGUCAGAAUCAAUAGACUCUCGACAGGAAGUUGUGGAAUCAUUACUAAGAAAGUUUUCUCAACUCACAAAGGUCUUGCCCUCCGUAUACUCACCCACACACCCCCUAAAAAUGACUCAAUCCUGUCAUUUCAGUAAAGUUGCAGCGUUAACAUUUCUUAUUUCUCAACCAUUUAACUUUCUCUGGCGGAAACUGAAUCCAUCCAAUGUGAAGACAUACAUGUCAAAAGUAGCAAAAGUUUCCCAACUCUGCUAACAUCUUGUCUUGCGUCAUAAAGAACAUCUCUGUUAAUAUGAUUUUAUGCUUUUGCUUUUGACUAUACAGAAAUGUUUAUUAAUUUGCUAUGUGCAAGGAAUAACGUAAGAGAAAGAGACUAACAGCUUUAGGGAAAAGUCGUCCUUUGAAUCCAGAUAAUUUUCUCGAAUUAUACGUAUUUUCUCUGUAAAUUAAUUUUCUGUGUUGUAUGAGCGACAGAAUUUUACUCUAGCAAGCAUCACUAUGAAAGGUACAUUACAUAUUUAUGCUAAAACUAUUAGCAUUGAAUUUAAACACAAUACUAUUUAAUGCUACAAAUGCAUAUCACUUUGCUCUUCCUGAAAUGUAUUGUUUUCAGCUUUGUGCUAUUUAUGCUUAUUUGGAAGAGAAAUUUGAAUUAAUUUUAAAUUUAAAUUUUACUUACAUAUUUUUGUGCUUUUUCCGUAUAAUUCCUUAAAGCUUUUUCUGAAACCAAUGGAUAAUUUUCCUAAAUCAGGUCUGUUAAAGAAGAUUAAUUUUUUUUAAACAAAUCAGCUCCAACCCUUUUUGAGUUUUCAGAGAAAUUACAUUAAAGUUAAACCCAUGUACCUAAAUUCAAAUUAUAUUAUAGCUGUUUUGGAGCUUUGAAAGUUCCAAGAGGAAGUAUCUUUAUAACUCCAAUUCAUUGUGAGAAUCUCAAUUUGCCCCUAAAGUCCUUCAAUACCUCAUAUAAAGCCAUUUCGUCGUAAUUUCCUUCCUCUAUAUCACCAAUAAAACAGCAAAUAGUUUUGGAGAAAAUUAUGGUUCAACUUUUCCUCCAUGACGAGCUUUUUUAUGGGGAUAUCAUUAGUACAUUUGUGAUGUUAAGGGGAGCUUUAUGCUAUCUAUAUGUAUAUCUUUGUUACUCUGAGGAAAAUAAAAUAACCAAGGAGAUAGAGAAAGAAGAAACGGGGGUCGAAAUUUGAAGAAAGGGGGAGGGGGGUGGAAAAGUUCGAAAAAGAAUAUACAUUUUGGUAGGGAAAUAGCAUAAAUUGACACAGCAAAAUGAGUCACAUUAAUGAAUGAGACGAUAGCCUUUCGAGCAAUUUAAUUUUUUCUCCUGGUGAGAGAGUAAGAGGCAUUUAUCCACGUUCCCAGAUUACAUUAUCCACCCCUAUUCCCUUCUGCUGGAGGGGAUUGAUGAUGGAAUUUUUAAAUAAAGAACAUUUUAGCACAACUGGAUGAGAAAUCACUCCGUAAUUUCGUUUUUCUCACUUCAAAAAAAGCAAACACUCCCGGAAAAGCUUUAAUUUCUCCUCAUUAAAUCCUUAUAUACGUCCUUUUUCAACGCCCACACCCCUCCUUUAGCCGCAUUCGUCCAUCACUAAUUUAUGUUUCAACACAGAGGGCAGUUAAAUAUUGAGAGAAAUUUCGUAUGUUUAAUCUCAGAAUGGCUGGGCCUUUUUUACUUGCCCAUAAAAUGAACGACAGUAUAUUUCCAAUUACUUCAUCAUUAAUUUAUUUAUAACCAGGAAAAUUCUCUUCUCCAUGAAAGUAAUUAGCGGAAGGCACAGAGGUUAAUAAACUUUCCCAAUUUAUUCAGCAUAAACUUUGGCAAAGGGUUCUUUCCGACGUACUAAAAGAAAAUAUUUGUCCAGAUAAUUUGAACAAAAAUUUCCACGGAAACCUCGUGAACUUUUUUACUUUAUCAAUAUUUUUCUUGUCUAUUUUCAUUAAAUUAAAAUUCAGCAGAUUUUUCCUGUUAUUCUGUUUGUUUCUGAUUUCCUUUUUGGGUAGUUCAAUGGCGGCUUUUGCACUGCUUUUGUAAAAUAAAAAGUUUUGAAUUUUUUAAGGAAAAUUUGGGGAAAAAUAUGGAAAAAUUGCCGCUCAGUAUUUUUCGAAAAAAAAAUAAAGUGAUGGAUAAAAAUUGUAAAAUAUUUGCAAUUUAUGUGACAUGAAACUGAAACAAUCUCAAAAUGCCUAAAAAAAAAAGAUUUAGAAAAAAGCCAAAACGGGUUAAAAAAUUCGAAAUUAUAUAAAACUCAUGUGCUCAUUGUAACCAUUUCAAUAUUUUAUCCUUAAAAAACAUUUUAGGUGUCGUGUUGCUCUAAGAAUUUCGACAAAAUGUCUGUAAUAAAUUUAUUCUUAGAACUUAAUUCUCGUGUAUUUAAAAAAAACCAAUCUCUUGCAAUUACUCGAAAUUUUACAAUUUUUGUCAAUUGAUUGAAACUAACAGCUUAACAUGUAAAAGCACAUUACUUAAGGGCUCUAAAAUACUUAACUAUAUAUUUAGAAAAUCUCUCAAUGGUUUAAUGAAAAUUUCUCAUAUAGUUCUAAGCUUCUUUUAAGGGAAUAACUUAUUUAACAAAAAAAGAAGAAGAAAAACAUUGUAAACCUUCUGAGAUAAAUCACAAUGAAAAAAAAAAGAUAAUUUCAAUUAACAAAAGACAAUAAUAUUAAGGAAAAUUGUCUUGAAGUUUAACAAUAAAAUGUAUCGAAAAAAAA